AUGCAAAACAACAGCAUAAACUGCAGUGGCGAAUACGACCAGCAGCGCGAGAGCUCUACGAUGUUGUUGCGGUGUGUGCGUGCUGUCAGCACGGCUUCGAGCCGGCUGCAGGCGGCCAAGAUGCCGAGCUUCCACUACCAGCCUGUGUUUGAGGCAGCCAAGCCAAAGGACACUCAGUACAAGAAGCUCUCUGGAGACCACGUGACCACCACAACCGUCAACGGCAAAGAGGUGCUGACGGUGGAGCCGGAGGCCAUCACCAUGCUGGCUGAACAGGCCAUGAUUGAUAUCGCCCACCUUCUGCGCCCUGGUCACCUGCAGCAGCUGAGCAACAUCCUCAAGGACCCAGAAGCCUCUGCAAACGACAAGUUUGUUGCCCUUGAGCUCCUCAAGAACGCCAACAUUGCCGCGGGCAUGGUGCUUCCUGGCUGCCAGGACACUGGCACGGGCAUCUGCAUUGCCAAGAAGGGCCAGUACGUGUGGACGGAUGGCAAGGAUGAAGAAGCCAUCUCCCGCGGUAUCUUUGACGCCUACACCCGCAAGAACCUCCGCUACUCCCAGGUGGCGCCGCUCGACAUGUUUUUGGAGAAGAACACGGGCUGCAACCUUCCCGCGCAAAUCGACAUCUACUCAACCGACGGCAGCGAGUACAACUUUGAGUUCCUUGCCAAGGGCGGUGGCUCUGCAAACAAGACGUUCCUCUUCCAGCAGACAAAGGCGCUGUUGAAUGAGAAGAACCUGCUCAAGUUCCUGGAGGAGAAGAUCAAGACGCUCGGCACCGCAGCGUGCCCGCCGUACCAUCUUGCCGUUGUGAUUGGCGGCCUCUCUGCGGAAAUGAAUCUCAAGACCGUCAAGAGCGCUUCCACACGCUACUACGACAACCUCCACACCACUGGAAACGAAUACGGCCGCGCCUUCCGCGACCUCGAGUGGGAGGAGAGGAUCCACAAACUCACGCAGAACCUCGGCAUCGGCGCCCAAUUCGGAGGCAAGUACUUCUGCCACGACGUGCGCGUCGUCCGCCUUCCUCGCCACGGCGCAUCUUGUCCUGUCGGGAUUGGCGUGUCCUGCUCAGCUGACAGACAGGCCCUCGGCAAAAUCACAAAGGACGGCGUUUUCCUGGAGCAGCUUGAGACAAACCCGGGCAAGUAUCUGCCCGACGUCACCGAGGAAUCGCUUGGCGCAUCCGAUGAGGUUGUGCCCGUGAACCUGAACCAGCCCAUGGAAGAGAUUCGCAAACAGCUCUCCCAGUACCCCAUCCGCACCCGCUUGUCGCUCAGCGGCACUCUCAUUGUCGCCCGUGAUAUCGCCCACGCCAAGCUGCAGGAGCGGAUUGAUCAAGGUCUCGGUCUGCCGGAAUACGUCAAGGACCACAUCAUCUACUACGCUGGCCCUGCGAAGACGCCUGAAGGGUACGCCUCUGGCUCGUUUGGUCCGACCACCGCCGGGCGCAUGGACUCGUACGUCCGCUCGUUCAUGAAGGAGGGCGGCAGCUUCAUCACCCUCGCAAAGGGCAACCGCUCCCGCGAGGUGACCAACGCGUGCAAGGAGUACGGCGGCUUCUACCUUGGGUCCAUUGGCGGGCCCGCUGCCAUCCUGGCCAAGAACUGCAUCAAGAACGUGGAAGUGAAGGAGUAUGAGGAGCUUGGCAUGGAGGCCAUCUGGAAGAUUGACGUGGAGAACUUCCCUGCCUUUAUCGUCGUUGACAACAAGGGCAACGACUUCUUCCAGGAGUGGCAGGUGUAAGCACUUGCACACGUGCAUACGUGAUAUCCAUGCGUGUGUGUGUGUGAGCAUGGUGCUUGUGUGUGCUUAUGCGUCGUGCAGUUGUUGUGCUGUUCGUCGUCAGGGUGGAUAUGUGUGCCAAGCCAUUGCUUUUGCGCCUUCCUUUCAUUUCCUGCGCUCCAGCUCUCAACUCCUGCGUGGUGGCACCGCCAGCUUGCAUGCACAGGCCAUUCUUUGCGCUUUGCGUGUUGUCGUGUCCGUUUUCGUUCGGUGGCGUUGUCGCUUCUCUCUCUUCACCCGUUGCACCCAAGGCACGCCGCAGUCUGUAUCCGCACUCGCGUACUGUCUCGUUUGAAGUCUCGAUUGAACGAUGACAACGCACAAG